UAACUAUAAAAGUGCCCAACGUAAAGCAAAGUAGUUGCUGUCAGCUUGAGAGAAGGACAUUAAUCAUCCGUUUCAGUCCUGUACACAGAGUACACGUUUUAAUCAUGCAACACUGGACGCUCUGUAUACUUCUACUAUGCCUUGUCUUCUGUGAUGUCUCUACUCAAAGGAAAAAAAAGACAGUCCAAACUCUCUCAAGAGGUUGGGGUGAUGACAUUUCUUGGGCUCAGACGUAUGAGGAGGGACUGGCUAAAGCAGUCAAAAGUAAGAAGCCUCUGAUGAUCAUUCAUCAUUUGGAGGAUUGUCCGCACUGUAUCGCUCUGAAAAAGGCAUUUUCGGAACAUCAGUCAAUUCAACGGAUGGCCAAAUCAGAAUUCAUCAUGCUCAAUUUAGUGCAUGAGACCACCGAUUCCAACUUGGCCCCUGAUGGCUUCUACGUCCCCAGGAUCAUGUUUGUUGAUCCGACGCUGACUGUGCGAGCUGACAUCGUUGGAAAGUACGCCAACCGAAUGUACACAUACGAGCCAGACGACAUAGACUUCUUGGCAGAGAACAUGAUAAAAGCCAAGAUCCUGCUCAAGGAAGAACAUGAGGAACAUGAUGAUCUGUAAUCAAUCAUUGCACAUUUCAUUGCAAUUCGUAACUUGGUAACACUUUACAAUAAGGUUGCAUUAGCAAAGUCCCUUUAAAGCAAGUCAUUUCACUCGGCGGCCAUCUUUGAAACGUCUCUUGGGUAUUCUGUUUGAAUGGGGAAAUAUCAAAUUCUCCAAAACUGCUUGCCACUUCAUAUUAGGAAUCACCAAUAAAAUUAAACAACAACUGUCCCUUUAGUUUCAUUUCUAAACGUCCAAAUCACACAGAAUCCGCAGAAACAUACGCCUGCUCCGAGCCCCUCCUCCAAAGUAUCGUCAGUCUCGUUGCUUAAUUUUGGAGUCGCGAGGUCCCCGAACAGAUCAGGUAACGGAUCCGUGGCGGAAGGAUGUUGCAGACGAAGGACGAAAGUGAAGUGUAGGGGGUUGUCGCGGAUGAAAGUGAAGAAGGUUGCGGAGUCGUGGAAGAAAAUGAAAGUGAGCAGCGGACGGGGGAGGAGGGCGGUUGAAGAGGGGGAUCGGUAAAAUCAGGUGGUGGAUCAGAUUUGAGAGGUGCCGGAAUCGGCAUGUUCUACAGCCAUUGAUGAUUGGCUCCUGUACUAGAAGGCGGGCUUUAUUUGCCAUAUAACGAUCGAUUAUUGGUUCCUGUGCUUGUAGGCGUGGCUUUAUUCAUGAUAUUGACGUUACACUUUUCCCCAUUCAAAAAGAUACGAGUGACAUGUCUUGUGUAUUCUAUAGUCUUUGGCAUUAGUUAAUAUUAAUGCAUUUACUAACAUGAGCAAACAAUAAACAAUACAUUUCCCAGGUAGCAAAGAAUUCUGGCACAGAUUUGACAUAAAGCUGGCAUUCAUUCAGCACUGGCAUACAGCAUGUGGGCCAAACAUGGCCCUGGUUUGGCAGGGGUGACACCAUCUUAAAGGGGGUACACAAUACUUGGGCUGAAUGUAAAAUAUAGUACUUGGCCCAGUUGUUAAAAAUUGAUAUGUGUGCCCUGUAAGUUUGACCUAUACCUUGAAAACGGAUAUCGUCCCAUGCCUAGUCGUGACACACCAACAUAUCUGGCCCAGUUAAGGGUAAUUAUUCCAACAGGUAAUUAAAUCUGGAAGCCAGACUUGGUCCAGUUAUGUACUGUAAUUCACUGCGGCAUGUGGGCCAUGCAAAAGCUGCUUGUGUGGGCCAGAGCUGGGCCAGAGAAAUUUAGCUAUGUGGGUUGUUACAGUAUUUGUUGAUGUUAGUUAAUAAAAAUACAGUCAUCAUUGUUAGUCCAUAUUAACUCAUGGUGCAUUAACUAACAUGAAUUUGCAUGUUAAUAAUGCAUUAGUAAAUGUUGAACUAUGAUUAAUAAAUGCUCUACAUGUAUUGUUCACACUUAGUUCAUGUUAGUAAAUACAAUAACUAAUGAAACUUUAUUGUAAAGUGUGACCAAAUAGGGUAACAUUUUACAGUAACAGUACAUGAAUAAUAAUGUAGUAAUACUAAUAUGUAAACUAAACGUUACUUUAUUAUGAACUAACGAUGCGUUAAGGCAUGCACUAAUCAAGAACUAACUUUAACUACAACAGGACUUCAUGAGUAGUUAAGAAUGAGUUAAUGAUAAUGUGCCCCUCCAAGUAAAGUCAUGACACAAAAAUAUAUUAGCAGUUUAUGAGUUCAUGUUAGUUACAUUUAGCUAAAACUGAAGUGUUAAUUAAUACAUUAAUUAACAAACAAGUAAUUAAGGUGGCCAUUCUUCACACAAGAGUGACAUGAGGGCUCAGUGGUUAGCACUGUCACCUUACAGCAAGAAGGUUGCUGAUUCGAGUCCCUACUGGAUCAAUUGGCAUUUCUGUGUGGAGUUUGCAUGUUCUCCCCUUGUUCGUGUGGGAUUUAUCCGGGUACUCCGGAUUCCCCCAUAGUGUAUGUGUGUGGAUGAGUGUGUAUGGAUGUUUCCCAGAACUGGGUUGCAGCUGGAAGGGCAUCUGCUGUGUAAAACAUUUGCUGGAUAAAGGGACUAAAGCAAAGGAAAAUGAAUGAAUGAAUGAAUGAAUUAAUUAUUCACACAUGUAAUUGUGAUGUUGUAGAUAAAGUUUGCUCUUGCUUAGCACAUGCCUUAACUCAUCAUUAGUUCAUGAUUAAGUAACGUUUAGUCUACAUAUUAGUAUAUCAUGAUUGAUUCAUAUACUGUUAUUGUAAAGUGUUACCCAAACUGGUUACGUUUCAAGGCAUGCACAGCAAUCUACAGCUCUCUUUGUGCAACUUUGAAUAAAGUCUGUUGGAAUAAA